GGCGAGGAGCCGGGAGCUGGCCGUGGUGCUGACGCGCGGCUCCGGGCGCGCACUCGGCUAGUUCUGUCGCGGCCGCGCCCUGCGGCACUCCCGAGCCUCAGCGUGACCAGAACACUGGCAGCAUGGAACUGAGGAGAGGAAAGACCUUCAUCAAAUCCAGUCUGCAGAUUUCCCAUGAGAAACCCACAGACCCAGCAGCCCCUGCUCCAGACAGGGAAGAUGCAGGCCCCUGGCCACUCUCACAGGGAGGACAGCAGAAACCCUGUGGUGAAAAGGGCUCCCAGACCAGUCCCUGCACCCAAGGGUAUGAUAGGUGCCCCAACAAGGAGAUACAGUCUGAUCCUGAAGGGGGUCCUGCACCUCUCUGUGGACCCACCUUCAAGUUGGUGCGGAAGAGCAAGACUCAUGACAGUGUUCCAGGGGCUGCAAAAACAGCUGCCACUACAGGGCAGAUGGUGGGCAGUGUGAGCUUCCCAGAGCCCCCCGGAAGUCAACGUAUGAUUGACUACCGCCACUUUGUACCCCAGAUGCCCUUUGUGCCAGCUGUGGCCAAGAGCAUCCCAAGGAAAAGGAUUUCCCUGAAGAAGUCCAAGAAGUGCUUCCGAAACCUAUUCCACAUCCGCAGAAGCAAGACAGAGAACUUGGCCUCACUGGCAGCUAAGGGAAAGAGCCUGUCAUCGCCUGGGGUCCCAUUGAGUGCUGCAGCUCAAGGCAAAGCCUUCCUCUCCAUGGGUGAGGGACUAGGGCUAGAUAGCCUGUGCCAGGACCUGUCUGACAGUGAGUUUCUGCCUGACUCAUCCUUUGACCUUUGUAGUUCCUUGUGUGAGGAUGUGGCCUCACUCAAGAGCUUUGAUUCGCUCACAGGCUGUGGGGAGAUCUUUGCAGAUGGGAGCUCAGCACCAUGCUUGGAGCUGAGUGAAGGCCCAGAAAGCCCAGCUUGUUCACCCCAGGCCCUGGAAAGCAAGACUCCCCUAGGCCCCUCCCAGGGUAGUGUGGAGCAACUGGCAUCACCUGCCCAGAAUGAGGUGUCAGACUUUACUAAGUUCUGGGACAGUGUGAACCGUUCUGUGAGGCAACAGCAGCGUGCCUUGCUGGGUCCAUGGCUGGCAAGCUCCCAGGGGACAGACACUGACCAGCCUAGGUUAGACACAGCUGGACUGGCUGAGCUUCCUCUGUUCCCUUGCAAGGGUCCUCCCAGUGGCUCCAAAGCCAGCUCCAUAGACACAGGUACUCCCAAAAGUGAACAGCCGGAAUCUGUGUCCACAAGUGAUGAAGGUUACUAUGAUUCCUUCUCACCUGGCCUUGAGGAGGAUAAAAAGGAAGCUGUCAGCCCAGGCACACCUGCAGCUGCCUUCCCCAGGGACAGUUACAGUGGUGAUGCUCUCUAUGAGCUCUUCUAUGACCCCAGUGAGGCCCCUGUUGGCCCCUGUCUGGAUGAUGACCUAUGUGUGUCUGAGAGUCUAUCAGGGCCUGCCCUGGGGACCCCACUGUCUAUGUGCAGCUUCCAUGUGGGAGCUGAGGAGAACCUGGCCCCAGCCCCAGGCCCUGACUUGCUCAGCCAGGGCUUCCUACAGAGUUCCUGGAAGGGCAAGGAGUGUUUGCUAAAGUUGUGUGACACAGAGCUUGCCAUCACCAUGGGCAUUGUCAACUGGCUCCGCCGUACCCCACCUGUUCCCACCCCUGCCUCUGGGGAGCCCAGUGAUCCACCUGGCACCAACAGAGUCCACAGAGGCCCAGCAGAGAACCUGGAAGGCAGGGAGAACAAAGUCUUAAAUAAGGGCAAGGCCACAGUGUGCUUGGCACCCAGCAGAAAGGAGCCAUGGGCACACUCAGGUACCAAAGAUCUGCUUGCUAGAGAAAGCAAAGUCCAAAGGGAGCCUGUGAGGGGUAUUGGCACCCCAUCUAAAGACCUCUCUCUGGAGGAAGGAACACAAGACCUCCCUGAAGGCCUGUCCUCUGCAGCUACCAUAACAACGGGCAUUUCCAGGAAAAGCAAAGCUCCAAACCCCACUACCUGGCCCAGCUCUCAGAAGGAACCUGGGUCACCUGGUAACCUUACGUGUUCUCAAGGCCCCUUACAGCUAAGUCAUGGGGGAAGCACCCUUGAUUCGGGGCCCAUGCUGGCAGGCUAUGUGGCACAUGUGGCAGCCCUGCAGAUCUAUCCAGAUGACCAGUCUCUAAAGCAGAACACAGGCAGUGGGCUCUUCCAGCAGUCUCAGGUUUGGGUUCCUGAUGCUGUGCAGCAGAAAAAGGCAAGCAGCACCCCUAAUGGAGUAGAUGUCUGUAGUCUGCCCUCUCCUGUCAGCCCUCAAGAUCAGAAAUGUCCAGACCUCUUCCUGGACCUGAGCCAGCUCAGGUUAGAACCCUCCAAGCUAGGUGUCCAAGCCUAUGCCUCUGUGGACAGCCAGCCCCAGCAGCUCAGCCUCAGAGCACGAGAGCAGGCAUCACACAGGGGUCAAUGGGAUCCUGAGCCUCCCUCUGCUCUUUCUACCCAGCAGAACCCCCAUGGAUAUCACCAAGAAGUCCUGGGACUCACUUUGGACAGCCAACAGUAGCAAGUGGUUCCUUUGUGUGUGCCACAAAAUGCCUUAUGGCCUUAGAGGACAUCUUUGUGGCCAACCAGAGAGGCUUGCAGGCUAGCCAUGGCCAAGGUACACUGACCGGACAGCCUCAUCCUCAUCAGGAGCUGCAUCUUCACAACAUCAUUCAGAAGAACCAAGGAUACAAAUAUUCAUGUCCCCCUACCCCUGCUACGAGGGAUGUACUGAGGGUAGAGAGGAACAUACCCAGGCAAAUGGACAAGGAGGGUAGGGGGAUGGGAGAGGGGAUGGAGGAUGGGGUGUGUCUAUGUGGAAGCAUACUUGCCUGAGACCAAGGCCAAGGGCUGUUGGAAGCUGCAGAUGCCUGGCUGCUAUUUAGACCACAGGUCAGUGAGGCUGAUGGACAGAAUACAGUCCAACUCGGAAAUGCAGAUCAGGAUAGCCAAUCCACCUGCUUGAGGUGUAUGGGAAGGAUGAGGUUCAAUGCUUGAAAUGCAGGGGACCUUGUAGGAUUGACCUCACAAUAAUCCACUGGCCUCACUGCAGCCUACACUUUGUCCAAGAUAGGAGGCCAUGUACACUGCAUCACUGCAUCUUUUGGAAUAACAAGAAGGACCAGUUCCAUCUCAGCAUGAGCCUGGAACCAGCCAGCACGGUGCAUGUGUACAGCCUUGCUGGGACUGGCCAGACUCUCGUUGAUCAGUACCUCCAGGUUCUCUGACAUGGAUCACUCUGUGCAAACAAUGACUUCUCUCAAUUUGCUCUCUCUAACUGAUGCCUUGGAUAGGAAAAUGCCCAUUGAUUUUCCAACCUCUGCCAUUCUGCCUUGGAGUAGCAAAGGUCCUGACUCUCCCUUUUGUUUUGUCAGCAUCCCAUCUCCUCUCCAGGAAAUCUUCUGAAUGGAGCUGUGUACCACCCCUACUCCUAACACAACAGACCCACAGCAUCCAAGCAUUCAGAUCGUGAAAGGAGCUGGUGGUUGGUGUCCCUAGGAAGGACAGCAGAUGCAGGGACAGAGGGUCCAUCCACUUCCUCAAGGAUUCUACCUCAGCCAAAACAACACAGUGAUAGGAAAAGGAUGAGGAUAUGACAAAUAGCUAUGAAAUCUUGUUUCCAGGAUCAUAUGGCAGGCAGACUUCCGGAGAGGUCACACUUUAUGCAGUGUUUCUGUGGGGGUAGUAGAGGAAUUCCAGGCAGGGCUGCAACUCUAACAGCAGCACAGGUUCAGUGCCUAAAUACCAACACUUCACUUCAUGCUAGAAAUGUUCUUGUGGCUGUUGCCUUCAAUGGCACUCUGAGGCCUUCCAUGUGUCAGGUGAGAGCUACACAUCAUAAGUUAAAGACAAGUAGCAAGGCUCUGCAGACCUGGACAUAGGAUGCUCAGGAUCUUUCACCUGGGAGGCUCCAUCUGACACCGCCUCCCAGGACCACACUCAGUCACUGAUCAGUCAUCACUGAUCCUGGUUGUGAACAGGUCACAGUCAGGACAGUUUACCUGACCCCUGCAGCAGUCUGAGGUAAAUCUUAUGCUCAUUUUCAGACCCAAGGAACUGUGACACAGCUGAUGUGAUCUUCUUGUAGACACAUGGAUAGUGUGUACAGAUAGUAGGAUUCAAACCCCAUCCAUAUCCUGCUAUAGAAGCCCUGCUCUGCAGCAAGGUCUGGAACUUUCCACUGGUUUCCCACAGCUGACACCCCUCAGAGCCUCCACCCCUUUUCUUCUUUUAGGUCACAGAUGC